AGAACCUUGCGCAUUGUAAUUACGCUUGGAGUGUGUGAGAAGAAGUUGAUGCACAAUUUGUCAAUCGCUGACCUGGUACCCCCUUUCGUCCAGUGAACAGGGGGCUGCGGUACCGGACAGAGAAAGCUGGAUGUUACCGGGGUUUUCUACACAUCCCUUCCUUGGUCUUGGUGGCUCACGACCUCAAAGGUCGGCCACAGCGCUGAACAGCCAUCACUUGGACAAGCGCAAGUGCAACACCGCCACGUGCGUGACGCAGAGACUUGCCGACUUCCUCAUACGCUCCAGCAACACCAUUGGCACCGUUUACGCGCCCACCAACGUGGGCGCCAGCACCUACGGCAAACGGGACAUGCAGCCACUCAACUACCGGCCUCUCUAGCGAUGGCGAGGAUGGAGAACAACAAAAAUAUACCAACAAAUGUAACACUAAUAACUGUAUAAUAUGACGUGAACGACGGGUUUAAUCCACGAAAUGAUGGAUCUUUAUUUUGUAUUUUGGAGAAAAAAGUGCCUUUGGUGAAAGAUUGCGCACUGGUAUUUGAAGAGAUCCUCACGUGUAAAAACACACUCUUCUACCGCCAGAACUGUACCGGGAAUACAUCUUGGCUAAUGGGCAAAGGCUUGUGAAUAAAAUUGUGAUGUAUGAUGAUUUCUCACAUUUUUUGUUUUGAUUCGAUUUGUUUUCUUUUAU